AUUCGUUUGAUCAUGGCGCAUCGUAUAGUGACACAGGUGCUCGUCACCGGCGCAAGGGUGUUUGGACGAGCUUUUGCAGAGGCAUAUAAGCAAGCAUCAGCGUCGCAGAAAUUCGCCCAACAGAACCAAACCUCCGCGAACACCCUAUCCUCAGCUGGCCUUACGUUAGACGAAGCCUGCAAGAUAUUAAACGUACCGCCUCCAAAGGCCGGGCAAGCAGAUUUAGGUCGCGUCCACGAUCGCUUCAAACACCUGUUUGAUAUGAACGAUCCGAAGAAAGGCGGGUCUUUUUACUUGCAGAGUAAAGUCUUGCGAGCACGGGAGCGUUUGGAGAUGGAGGUACGUGAAGCGCAAGAGGCGGCGGAGCGCGAACAAGAGAUCCGAGAAGGAUGGAAGCCGAAGUUGUACAGAGAUUGAUGCGAGAUCAUGCGAAAACCACCGAGUGGCGAAGCAGGAGCAAGCAGUGAACAAGCACCACCGAGCAGUUGACGACUGGCGCAAAUUAUAUAUACCCAUAUGAUCUGAUGGCAUCGCGAGGCGUUUGGGACGUGGAGCAUUAGCAUUGAAAACGGGCAUGAAGAGUCAGUAAGAGCAUGAUUGGAAUUGCGGAUUCGAAAUGACCUUGAUAAAAUCUCCGCUCUGGCAGCAACGUGCUCUCGAAGCGCAGGGCAGGGCAGUGCCCAGACUUCAGGCGUGAAAGGCUGAGAAGAGCUGUAUUGAUAUGGAGAUAGAAAGAGGCCGAUGUAUAGGGGUUGAUACCCGUUUCGAGCAAUCAGCACCUCGUCCAAAG